AUGGCCCCAGAAGGCAAAAAAACGGUCAACAUCUUCAAACUCUCCUCUCUCUCCGAGCCUAAACAAGUCAUUCAGAACUGGCGAUUGUGGUUCGCCGUCCUCACCUUUGCCCUUCUCGGCACAGCACGGGGUAUUGAUGAAGGACUCAUCAGCGGCGCUUUCAAGAGUCGGCACUUCCAAGAAAGUAUCAACUACAGUUCAUACUCAGCGGUUGAUCAAGCAAAGAUCAAGGCCAAUGUGGCAAGUAUGGUGCAGUUAGGGUGCAUUGGAGGGGCUAUGAUAGCCCCCCCCAUCCUAGACACCUUGGGCCGCAUCCCCACCACCCGCCUUCUCACCCUCCUCUGGGCACUCGGCAUCACAAUCUUCCUCCUCUCCCACGGCAGCCUCACACUUAUCUACCUAGGCCGCUUCAUUGCUGGCCUUGGCAUCGGCCAAACUCCCGUCGUAGGCCCCGUCUAUCUCUCCGAGAUCUCACCCUCCUCCAUAAGAGGGCUAUGUGUCUGCCUGUUUACAGGGUUUGUUUACCUCGGCAUAGUGUUAGCAUUUUGGGCGAAUUAUGUCUGCGCGAGGGUUUUCAAGGAGGAGGAUGGGGGAAGGAAGGAGAGAUGGAUGGCGCCGACGGGGCUGCAUUUGUUUUUUGCAGGGGUGGUGUUGGCGUUGAUGGUUUGGGGGUUGGAGUCGCCACGGUGGUUGAUUAUGAAGGGGAGGGUUGAUGAAGCCAGGGGCGUGCUGAGUAGAUUGAGGGGGUUGAGAGAGGGGGACGCAUAUGUCGGACAGGAGGUAGAGGCGAUUGUGAGGGCUUGGGAGGAAGAGAGGAGGGUUGUUUGCGGCUUUACUGACUCCGACCUACCCUCCAAAUCCCCAUCUUUCCUCCAAAGGACGAGAGGAUUUCUUCUCGAUGCCAAGGCUACCCUCCUCGCAACCUGCACCCGCUCCAACCUCUAUCUCGUCCACUUAGCUUUAGCCUCCCAGCUGCUCUCCCAAUGGUCCGGGGCCGGCGCCAUUACUCUCUACGCGCCAGACCUGUUCGAACUCCUCGGUAUCCACAGCAGCACAACCUCUCUCCUUAUCACAGCAAUAUUCGGCCUAAUCAAACUCCUCGCCUCCACUAUCUGCGCUCUUUUUUUGGUAGAUGUCAUCGGCCGCCGGCGGUCUUUACUCAUAGGCAUCACCUUCCAAGCCCUUUCCUUGAUUUACAUCUCCUCGUUACUCACUGCUCUUCCCUGGGUAGUAGACCACACCUCUUCCCACGUCCCAACAAACACCCAGAAAGGAGCCCUGAGAAUGGCAGUAUUCAUGCUCUACCUCUCCGGCAUCGGCUAG